UUUUGACAGUCUCGGUCCGUGGCGUCUUUGUGCGCUGUCAUCGCACGGUAAACGCUGUGUACACCGAAAUAACGCGUUUACAUAACGUGCAUUUAAACAUAGCCGUUUGUUAAUUUGAACGUGCGGCGAAUUUUAAUUCCUUUAAACACAGACCGCUUUAAUUGCGGUAGUGUGAAUUUGUAAGAAUUAGAGAUCGCUGUGCACGUUCGUUUAACGUCAGUUAACAGAUUGUUAAGAUGACGUUAAGAACGUCGCUGUAACGUCUGUAUCAAAACUGUUAACGUGUGCGUUGAAGAGGGAUGUAAAUUUGGGAUAAUUCGAAACUUAGGAUUAUUGCAGAGACUAUUCCACUAUGAAGCUGCUGUUGAUUAUUUUCUCAGUGCUGUGUUGUGUGCUGAUAGGCCAUGUUCAAUGUGCCAUUCGCAGAUAUUUUAUUGCGGCAGUUGAGACGGAGUGGGACUAUGCCCCAAGCGGUCGGGAUAUGGUCUUUAAUCAUCAAAGCGAAGCUGAUCUCAAAAUUAAAGCAGGAAAAGACAGAAUAGGAAGUAAAUAUUUGAAAGCGAUCUAUAAACAGUACACAGACGCAACGUUUUCACACGAAAUAUUCAAGCCUGCAUAUAUGGGGUAUGUUGGACCCGUUAUAAAGGGCGAGAUUGGAGAUUUGAUCAUCAUCACAUUUAGAAACAUGGCGACACAAAUUAAAGCCAAUUUAAGUAUUCAUCCACACGGUCUAUUUUAUACGAAAUCCCACGAAGGUGCCCUUUACCUCGACGGCGAAAGCGGUACUGUUAAACACGAUGACGGCGUACCGCUGAACGGCAUGUUUCAGUACGUCUGGAACAUCACAGACAACUUCGCCCCGACGGCAGACGACGACGCGUGCAUACCCUGGGGCUACCACUCGCACGUGGACUCAAUGGUCGACAUCGAGACCGGACUUGUCGGUGUCCUACUGACCUGUAAACCAGGAACGCUGUCAUCAACGGGACUCCGUAAAGACGUCGAGCACGAGUUGUUCUUUUACACUGAGAUCACGGACGAGAGUAAGAGUCACUAUAUCAACCUGAACCUGCGGCGCUGCCAGGACCCGCGCCUGUGUCUGCAGCUCCUUCAUAGCAAGGAUAAGGAGUUCAAGCACAGCAAUCAAUUCAGUCAUAUUAACGGCUACGUGUACGGUAACAUGCCGGGCCUGGACGUGUGUGAGGGCGAGGAGGUGGCAAUCUACAUCUUCGCGCUUGGCAACGGCUACCACACCAUGCAGAUCUACGGGCAGACCUUUGUGCAGCGGAAACAUCGCAUGGACGCCGUUGGUGUGUACCCAGCAACGUUCACAGCGAUUACCAUGGUUCCAAUCAACAUUGGUACCUGGCUUCUCGUGUGUAGGAACAACGAUCAUUACCACGACGGUAUGACGGCGUUUUUUCACGUGAAACAGUGCUCUCCGGAUCCACUUCCCGAAACGCCGCCUGGGAAACGAAAGCGCUACUACAUCGCGGCCCAGGAAGUAAACUGGAACUACAAGCCCGGCGGUAAGGACCUCUUCACUUCCGGGAAGGUUGAUAUGGAUCAUGGCUUCUCCAGUAACGCCCAUCACCACCAGCACCACGGCGACCACCACGACAGCGUGGGCAACACGUACAAGAAGGCGGUCUACGUCGAGUACGAGGACAGUGCGUUCACGCGGAUGAAGCCCCGCCCCCUGGACGAGGAGCACCUGCACAUGAUGGGCCCGCCAAUCAAAGUGGAGGUGGGCGACACGGUGGAGGUGGUGUUCCACAACAACGCCUCUCGCCCCUACUCCAUUUUCCCCCACGGCGUCGGCUUCGACAAGUCCAUGGAGGGAUCUGUUUACUACACCGCCGACAGUGACGUUCCAUACGGACUGAUUACCCGGGAAGGUGAGACGACCACGUACCGGUUCACCGUGCCCUGGACCGCAGCACCCACCGUGGACGAUCCGAAUUGCUUGUCGUACACGUAUCACUCCGCGGUGGAAGUGCGCAAGGAUACAAACAGUGGUUUAAUAGGUCCGCUUCUCGUCUGCAAACCGGGCUCGCUCAAUGAAAAGGACAAACAGAUUCACGUAAACAAGGAGAUCUUUAUCCUGAUCGCCGUCAUCGACGAGAAUCUCUCCUACUACAUCGACGACAGCGUUCGCAUGUUCGCCCCCGAGAAGGUCAACCUCGACAAGAACGACGAGGCUUUCAAACACGGCAACCUUAUACACGCUAUCAACGGUCGCAUAUAUGGGACCCUAAAUGGUAUCGACAUGUGCCUAGGAGACCGGGUAUCGUGGCACUUCCUGGGCAUAGGGAGUAGCAAGGACCUGCAUGGGGUCGCCCUUGAAGGGAACGCCAUGGCGGUGAACGGGCGCACCCUGGAUAGCCGAAUCAUCAUCCCAGGGCUGGGAUUCACUGGGUAUAUGCACCCGGACAAUGUAGGCCACUGGGCGCUGUACUGCCACACUGAACACCACCUGAUGGCCGGCAUGUCCGCAAUCUACAACGUGAACGUUUGUCCGGGUCCGCAGAGCCUUCCUGUCGUCCCCAUGAAACCGUCGGGCGCCGUCCGUCGGUAUUACAUCGCCGCUGUCGAGGUCGAGUGGGACUACGCGCCGUCGGGAUUGGACAAGAUCCAGGGCAAAGGCCUGAACGACCCGGACUCGCACGGUUACUUGUACACGAGAAACACUGGCGGUUUCUUGGGAACAACUUACAAGAAGGCCGUCUACAGAGAAUUUACCGACGAGACAUUCAGCCAGGAGAAGAAGCGCGGUUACCGUGAAAUACAUUUGGGACUCCUUGGUCCGUUCAUACGCGCGGAGGUCGGUGACGUCAUAGAGGUGAUUUUCAUGAACAAGGCGUCACAUCCGUUCUCCAUAAAACCGCACGGCGUCUUCACGAAUAAAGGCAACGAAGGCAUGAAAUAUAACGACCAAUCAAAUUUUGACGACGAUGACGAAGUGCAACCCGGUAAAGUGUUCACAUAUCGCUGGACUGUUCCCCAGAGGGCGGGACCGGGACCCAACGAGCCCAACUGCAUCGGAUGGAUAUACCACUCUGGAGCAAACAUGAUUCGGGACGUCCCCACGGGUCUCUUUGGUCCCCUGGUCACAUGCCGCCGCGGAAUUCUGGACCCUCGCAACCAGCGGCUUGACCACCACACCCGCGAGUUUGCAAUGGUGUAUUACAUCAUCAACGAGAACCGGAGCUGGUACAUCCGGGACAAUAUGAACCGCGUUCAGGGAACCAUGGCGCCGCACGUGGAGUUCGAGGAAAGCAACAUGAUGAACAGCAUCAACGGCUAUCUCUUCGGUAAUACACCGGGGAUGGUUAUGGAGGUUGGAGAGCACGUCACGUGGUAUGUGCUGGGACUUGGCUCGGAGGAUGACUUUCACACCGCACACUUUCACGGUCAGACGUACGUGCACCGCACGUCCAAGUCGCACCGUGGGGACGUAGUCGAGGUGUUUCCCGGCACGUACGAGACCGUGGACAUGUUCACCGACAACCCCGGAACGUGGCUGGUACAUUGUCACGUAUUGGAUCACCUGACUCACGGCAUGGAGGCCAAGUACGCCGUCGUACCAAAAGGAGCUCUCCAACCCCUUGAGGACGCCGAAAGCGACCGCAAGCUCCCCAUCGUGCUACACAAACUUCCGGUUGUGACGUCCUCUGAAUACAUCGCCACGCCUACAAAGCGAGAACCCAUCGAUCAGCUUAGAAAGACAAACGUAAUGAAUCCUUCCAAACACGGUGAAGGGCGAUGGGGCGAUUCCUGCAAAAAAUAUAAUCUCCCUUAAAAGCGACCAUACUUCCGUUGCCAAUAGCGACGAUAAGACUGUGACACCGAACAAAGACCUUCUGCAGUUAUACCAAAUUGGUAUUCUGCCGCAGCGCUGGCAAAUACUUACCAACCCUAAAAGUCAGAAUCUACCGAGAAAAUAAAUUUGUUCUGAUGCAUGUAAUUUAUUUUGUUAUUCGCAUAUGUUUUGUUGGUGGUCACUUAAUGAAUACUUUUUGAGUCAAGGAUCGGAAAAUGUUUAUGAUUUUCAUGAUGAUCAGAAAGUGAAAUAUGUUUUUGGAUAAAAGGGGUUAUUUUUGUUAUUUUAUAAAUGCUUACUGUUCUUGGAGAUACAUGUAUACCGGUAGAGGGCAGUUAUGGUAUAGUUGUGGCUAAACAAACCGUUCAACAAAAACAGGUAUUGAUGAUGGAAGGUAUAGUUUAAAAUUGCCAACUUUGAUAUCAAACAUUCAAGACGUAAAAAGUCAAAUAUUUUCCAGAAUGAAAACACGCAGCUUAAACGGGUUAAGACGUCUGCUUGGUGUUUAAUUUGAGAACAAACUGACUAAGGGCAUCACAAAAUAAUAUACUGGGAAAAUGAGAACCAAUACUAAAGAUCCCGGAAACAAAUCACAUAAAUCUCGACAGAUGAAAUAUUACAAUAUUGAAAUCCUCCUUUCUUACACGCAUAUUGCAUUGUUUCUUAGCAUACUGCCUCUGAUAUGUUAUUAGGUUUGAUCUUGAGUUAUCUGAAUUGCGAAAUGAAGCUCACAGGAGUUAAUCUCAGCACAUCAUCCAUUUAAAGGGUUAUCUUGCUGUCGCUGGAACAAAUCAAAAUCGUCCGCGAUAAAAUUGCCAAAAUAUGAAUCAAGCAUCUGCAGUGGGGCAAAAAGUCAUGCAUAUACAAGAUGAUAAAAAAAAAUUGAUAUAUUUUUUCAAAUAUUUUGUUUUAUUCUCGUUAACAAUGUUUUCUGUGAAACCUAUAUAAAAAUGUCAAUUGUGUAGAAAAGGCACUGGUUUUCUAAAUGAAAAAGUAAUGAUUUUGUAUGAUUCUAGUUGUGGUAAGGUAACGACUGUGAAGAGUUUGUGAACAGGUUACUGGAUUCAAUCCUUAACUCGACGUGUAUAAAUAUAUUAGGAAAUUAUUAAACCGUAUCAUGUGUGAUAAUAAGCUACAAAUAUUGUCAUAAAACGAGCGAUUCUUCA